UUUACUAGUAUGUCCUUUCGUGAUGUUCCGUAGCAUCUACGAGAGCGGCGGCAGGCCGACGACGCCAUACAGUGAAAUCGCCGCCACGAUUCAGAAGCUCAAGGACAAGGGCCGCCAAGGUGAUGAAACAAACACAUUCCUCCAACGUGUGCUCACGUACUCGGAGCUUUCAACCAAGCGGGAUGCCCUGCUAGAUGCCAAUGCUGUCGUGGUCGUGGCAAGUCAUCUCCGCGCCCACGACUCUGCGUCCACCCAACAAUACGCCGCAGGAAUUCUCUUGAACCUAAGCCAAUUCGAUCGAGGUCGCCUAGCCAUGGCUUCGUGUGGCAGCUGGGACUGCGUGUCAUAUCGCCACGCCUGUCCGCUCUUCUACCUCCUCCAACUCGCCCACACCAGCGCCGACGUGAUGGUCAAGCGCGUGUGCACCGCCGCCGUCCUCAACUGCUCGUUCCAUGCCGCGUGCCAGAGCCACAUUGAGGACAUUGGCGGCGUGAACCUCCUCCUCAAACUCGUGCAUGUGAACGACGAAGACGUGUGCGUGUUCUCGGCCGCGACGUGCUGGAACUUGACCAAGUCGCCGACGUUUGUGCUCAAGCUGGAGACGAUCCAUUCGAUCCCCAAAGAUAAUUUCGCCCGCACAUUGUCGCAGUUGCUCUGGACGCGGUGUUCCAACUACGGCUUGACCAUCACAACCCACACGGCUCAGACGUCGGACCAAGCGGGGGUGCUCGAGAGUGGCGGCUCGAAUUUGAACCUCGUGUUUGCUUGUGCGAUCAACUCCAAGCUGGCCAUCGCGCUCCGGGUCGAACAGCACAACGUCACAGCCAACCAAUCGCAAGUCGAAGCGCGGGCCACCAAGUACAAAAGCAUGCAAAAGUUCGACGACCACGGCAAGCGGGUUGCGGUGACGUGCAGCACGUGUGCAAAAUCCAUCAAGGAAAAGGACAAAGCCAAGUGUUUAAGCUGUGCCUCCCACGGGUGCGUCGAGAUUUACCACGUUCGCUGCAGUCGAUGGGCCAAGCUCGAACAUGUGCACGUCCUCCGCGACCACACGUUCUACUGCGAAGGGUGUUUGCCCAGUCUGCCGCUGCAGUACUUGGACUUUUGCGCAUCCGAAAUGACCAGUAACGCUACCGUCUUGACCAAAUUGGACUUUGACAUUUUGAACGUCGCGAGAAUGGACAAAGUCGAGCUCGUCAUGUUGCGGGCGCCGUCGACGAAUGCCGUCGUGGCGGUUGGCGACUGCAAGUACGUGUGCCGCGGGGCCAAGGAAGGCUGCACGAUGAUCGUGCAAGUCAAGUUCAUUCUAAGACACUCGUCCAGCAUGUGCUACGCCAAUGUCUCUGCCACCAACAACAACGUCGUGACAAGCGUCAUCCCCAUGCCGCCGUUUUCGUUUCCGUUUUUGAAGUCGACUGUUGUCGCGACCUCGGUGCCCCUACACGCCCUCGCCCUGUGGCCGACGUCCCACGUACUGGCCGUGGACGACGCCAUGUACUUGACCAAGUCCGUCGCCGAUUUGGACCAAGCGUUCUGCUACGAGUUCGACGGACAACGGGACGAGCGUUUUGCAGUCGGCAGUUGCGACGGCACCGAGCUCUGGUGUGCGCUCCAACCUAGUCGUGCGAAAUGCAUGAAACUCAUAUCGGAAGCCACGGCCAAGGCAAAGCCAAUGCGAAAGAAUCAACGAGAAAAGAAACCCCACGUCGAACGAAAGUUGGCGAAAUAGAGCGACGACAUGUGUUUGUUCGAGAAGUGUAAACUAACUCAAUUGAAUGCGUCGGGUGAUGGGAUAUAUACAGAAAGGCUGCUACGACGAUGCAACUGCUGUUGCAGGGCC